GCGCAGGCAGCCUUGCGAGCGGCCGCGGAGAGCCGGCCGGGAGCGAGGCGGAGCCAUGGAGCUGAAGAAGGACAGCAACGCCGUAUCCAUCGACAUGCUGCUAAUCGUGCACUCGGAGAAGCGGCGCGCUGCCCAGGGCGCGCACUCCGACCAGCAGGCAGACGCGGGCACGUUGCCGCAGCGCCGAGGAGGACUCAAAGGUGUCGGUAAUGGAAUCCGGGGAUGGCAGAAAUUAGAAGGAAAUGGCCUGCUAGGAAACCUAGCAGAGAAGCAGUACCCUCAGCAGACACAGGUCAUCACUUCCUACGACAACCAAGGGACACAGCUGACUGUGGAGGUCCACCCUCGAGACACCAUGCCUCAGCUCCUUAAGAAGUUCUCCUUGGCUAAAUGUUUACAAAGCGAUAAAAAUGGGAACACAAGACCCCGGCAGCCUGGAGGGAAGGAUGCCCAUGCCUACCCUUGGGAUCGAUCCGGCCUGAAAUCCAUGCCCCUGGACUUGCGGCACUUUGAAAAACUGGAUUCCUAUGCCUCUCAGGUUAUAGUCAAGAGUGGCCUGGAUGAACUGGUGAGCGACCUGCUCCAGGAGGCCCACAGUGAACUGGAGAGGGUACGCGCCAUCUGGAUCUGGAUCUGCCACCACAUAGAGUACGACAUUGAAGCUGCCCAGGAGAAGGACCGCCAGGCCUUCAAGCCCACUGAAAUCCUGCGGACCCAGAAAACCAAUUGUGAUGGCUAUGCCGGACUAUUCGAGAAAAUGUGCAGGAUCGCUGGAGUGCAAUGCAUGACUGUGGCCGGCUACUCCAAGGGCUUCGGCUACCAGACAGGGCAGAGCUUCUCUGGGGAGUUUGACCAUGCCUGGAACGCAGUGUUCCUGGAGGGGAGAUGGCACCUCUUGGACAGCACCUGGGGCAGUGGCCUGGUGGACUCUACCACUUCCAAAUUCACCUUCCUCUAUAAUGAAUUCUACUUCCUCACCCAUCCCGCACUGUUCAUCGAGGACCACUUCCCAGACAACAAGAACUGGCAACUGCUAAAGCCUCCUCAAUCCCUGAGGCAAUUUGAGAACAACAUGUAUCACAAAAGUGAAUUCUACAACAAGGGGAUGCUGAGUGCCCACCCGGAUAUGCCCAUGAUCAGAACAGUGAAUGGGAAGGCCACGGUCACCAUCGAGAGCUGCACCCCAACGCUCUUCAUGUUUAUGCUCAAUGGUAAGCAGGAGCACGGUCUGCUGAGCCUCAGGAAGAACGGGAUGAAGCUGGAAGUGUAUCCUCCGGCCAUGGGCACCCACAAGCUGCAAAUCUUCGCCAAAGGCAACUCCGACAUCUACAGCUCGGUGCUGGAGUACACACUCAAGUGCAACUAUGUGGACUUCGGUGUACAGCUGCCAGCGGAGCUGCACCAGCCCGUGGGCCCCAGCUGGUUCUCCGAGCAGAUGGGCAUCGUGAAGCCCUCCCACCCUGACCCCAUCAUCCACACCAGGGACGGGCGCUGCUCCGUCAGCUUCAGUGUAGAGGAGGGCAUCAGCGUCCUGGCGUCCCUGCAUGGGGAUGAUGGGCCCUUCACCGAGGAGACGCAGCGGCGCUACAUCUUCCAGCUGCACCGGGAGAAGCGGACAGAGCUGAAAGUCCAGCUGCCCCAUGCCGGCAAGUUUGCACUCAAGAUCUUUGUCAAGAAGAGGCAGGAACCAGGCAACUACAUCUUUGUCUUCAAUUAUCUCCUGUGCUGCACCAAUACCAAGGUGAACUGGCCCGUGUUCCCCGAGAGCUUCGGCAACUGGGGGCAGGACAAUGAGCUGCUGGAGCCUCUGUCGGGCGUGCUUCCUGCCAACCGAAAUGUCCCAUUCAAAUUGAAGUUGCAUGGCAUCGCCAAGGCCCUGGUGAAGGGGCAGGAUACGUGGCCACUGACCCUGAACCGCGACGGCUACUGGGAGGGCAGCUGCAACACAGCCGGCUGCCAGGAGGUCUACGUCAUGGUGCUGGAGAACGCCAACCACAACUUCUACUCCUACAUCCUGAAGUACAAAGUGAACGCCCAGUGAGGGCCUAGCCCAGACGCACCCCCCAGAGGCCCACGGCCAACCCUGCACAGGGAGGGCCCGAGGGAAGUGCAGAGGGCCCUGGACACCACUGAGUCUGCAUGAAGUCUCUUCUAUGCCCCUGCCUCAGUCUCCCUGCCCUGUCACGGGAGCUGUGUUCUGAUGGCUUCUCUCAGUGGCCCUGGCCGAGGGGACAGAGGCAAAGGCCCUUUAGAAGAAAAAGGUGCUAUUUAAAUCCAAGGUAUUGUAAACUGUACCCCACUGCCCAGAUGCUCCCCUCCUCAUAUUAAUGCUGUUGUGGUUGUCAUAGGGUUGAUGUGGGAAAACAGAGAGAUUGUCCCGGCUGAAAGCUUUUCGCAUGAUGAGGACCCUUAUCCUCCGCUCCCUCAAGCCCAAAAGGGACCUGAUUUGCAAGGCUGAGUCAUCUUGCGUCAUUGGUCCCUUUCACAUGGCAUCCAAGUGUUUCUCACCAACUCCUGGACCCCAGGGAAGGUGGGACCAUCAAUUUUUGCAGACCUAACCAUCUUCUGCAUUCCUGCUGCCACUUCAUUAGUCGCUUCUUGCUCUUCAAGAUGAAAGGUGUGAGAGGAAGCCAGCCAACCCCCAAUUGCUAGCGCAGAUGGCCUCCACAGACUUUGUUACUGGGGAUGGCAAACAGGACGUGACUCCAAAGCAAAGAGCAGCCAGUGCCCACUCUGGAUGGGAGGCUGGGGAGGAAGUACACCUUAGUACUCCUGCAACCCGAUUCUAAAGGUGUGCAACCUCUGACUGUGCCCUCAGAGGAGCCUGUAGCUCAGUUACCUCAGUCUAAGGCCUGGGGGUGACCUUCCAAGCCUCAGGCCCCUGCCUGCACCCUACCCAGAAAACCUUAGCAGGCCUUUGAGGAGCCGUGACAGUCACCAUGCCCAAAGGUCGAGGUGAGGCGAGGAGUAGUGCAAAUGCUUCAGUGCUGAGGGGACUCCCGCGAUACUAAAGCUCUGCUGGCCCCCAAGAGCAAAUCCGCAGAUGGGGGUCCUGGGCCUGCCCUGGGAGCAGGUUUUGGGCUUGAACCUAUUUCAUCUCUCUUCCUCCCUUCCUCUGAGAUGAGAGGGCUCCUGCGCCCCACCUUCUGUGGGGACAGUUCAGAACCUCUUGCUUGCUCAGGUCUGAGAAGCCUUGGCUGCCCAGCUGGCCCUCAGCAGCACCUCCGGUCAGUGUUGCCAUGGCAACAGCAGAUGGGCUGGCUCAGCGAGAGCAGCCAGGAGGGAAGGAUGGAGAGGCCCAGCAUGGCCUCCGCAACACCAUCCCGACCACUCUUCGAGGUGGACCCUGGUGACUUCCAGGCUUCUCUACCUCUGCUGUCCCUGUCAUCCCCGAGAGCCCGCCCUGCCCAGCACGUUCCCUCGUGGCUGCUACAAAUGCCUCCAGGCUCAGCUACAGACAGAACCGGCCGGGGACCCUCACAGCCUGCUCUGCCUUCACCCGCACAUCACGUAUUCAAACAAUGUUCAAGGGGCACCUGCAGCACCAGGCAUCACAGUAGACACGGACCACAGAGGGAAACCAAGGGGCCCUGUCCCCGCCAGACCUAGGGGUGGUGGCAGCAGCUUUACCUCCUCAGCCUGUCUCUUGGCACAUCAGUCCAGCAUCCCUUUAGGUCUCCUCCCUAGAAGCUCCCCUGUACCACCCAGCAUGCACCUGGCCCCCAGCAAUUUAAUACGGUGUCCAUAGUCCCCCAGGUGGGGCUGGGAGGCUGCAAGCCAUAGCGGGGCUGAGCAGCCCUGCCUGCACCAGCGCCCUCUAGCAGACUGGCCCCCAGACAUCCAUCCCAUUAAGCCUGGAAAAUGCACAAAAGUCCCAGCGGUUAAACUGCUGUGCACAACGGGGAAACAAGGGGAGUUUCCACACCCUCAAAGCAACCUUUUCUCACACCUUUGAUUUUAUGGACUGAAAGAAAUGUGUUUCAUCAAAAUAAUAAGCGCCUUCUAUAACUCAUGUCACUCACAGGCCCAGGGCUGGCAGCCACUCUAGUCCUGCCGAGAAUGACAGGCAUCUUUUUAGAUGCCUAUAUAAUUAAUCAAUACAUUCUGGAGUGUGCAGAGGAUGCCACUCUGCAAAAUAGGAGCUGUCCCGAGCACAGCAACAGAGACCAGUCUCUCGAAGCAUCUGCAGAGCCUCCCAGAGUCCCUCCCUCUUGUUUAACCAGGCACCCCCUUUGUAAGGACAGCUGUGGGCACAGUCAGAAAAUCACCUGAAUUUAUUUCCACUGAAGUAAAAAUAUAUGAAAUGAAAUCCAAUCUUCAUGAAUUUUUACACGCAUGCUGCUCAGGGUAGAAAUUCGGAGUUGUAUUUUGAAGUCUUUUAUUCAAAUCCCCAUCUUUGUUUCCUGGUGGUGGAGCCCUGCAGGUCGGUGGAGUGGCAAGGGCGCCCCCUGGUGUCCAAAGUGCGGAUCUUCUGUGCUGCAAACCUCUGCGAGGCUGAAUCUAUCACCCAGGUUUUGUUAGCAGAAUUUGAAAAAUGCUGCUGAGAUGUUUAAGUUACAUUCACCGGGUGCUUUCUCGUGACUUCUCAGCACUUCCUCGUAUGCACACAGAGCACAUCUUUGCCACAUACGGACUGUGAGGCGAGCCUGGGGGACUGCCUGGCCUGGUGACAAGGCAUGGAACAUAAUACGAUUUAGGAGUAUUUGGCCCCAGAAAUCCCUUCUUAAAACAGAAACAUGAUCUAGAAAUGGAUAGGACAGCUUUGAUAAUAAUACUCAUUACUAUGCCAAUGAAGAGUUGAAAUUUAUCAAUCUCAAAAUCUCUUGCUAGCAAGUCCUGAAUUGGCAGCCUGAGCCCAAAAGCAGAGCCCUGUGGUUCUGGAAAGUCGGAGAGAGUGAGGGGGUGGAGAAGCAAGUGGUCUUUGACCAUAACUGUAAUUACCUUCUUUUUGGCUUGUUUGUGAAGCACCAGCGACACAGCUGGACUCUGUUUUCAAUCUGAUUACGAUCAUUGUGAGUUUUCCAUAUGCUACAUUGUCCCACCAGGGCAUAUUCCUCACACACAACCUGCUGAGAUUAAAACGAAAUAAAUAGAUUAACUGAAGCAUGAAGGAUUUACCAUAGACAUAAAGAACUAUUUCCUGUUGUUAAGCAGGAGGGACAAGUUGCCAAAAAAGUUUGUGAAAUCCUCUUCUCAAAACACUUGAAAGGAGGAACGUAUUCCCAGUGGUCUAGGGGUUCAGAUGCCAUGCUGACCGGAAGGAUUAUGUUCUCCCCAAACCAACUACUCCUUGAACUACACUGGAUCAGCCACAGCAAACACAGGCUGAACGUGCCUCAUCCUUUGCUAUGGGCAAAGUACUCAAAGGGGGUGUGCAUCUGUGUCCCACAUUAGUUUCUCUGAGGUCUAGAGUUUCUUUUCAUUUGGGGAAGUAGUUGGAAAUCUUAAGAGGUGAUUACUUUUCAUAACGUGUGUAUUGAGUUGUGUGGGCCGGCGGUGGCUGCUGAGUAUGCUUUCCCCACGUUGUUGCUGGUGUUGUUUUUCAAUAAAAUUUAUAUUCAU